AUGUCUCGAACUCCCGGCGAGUCUUCAUCUGGGAAAGAUACCCAAAACCCAACUCCAAUCCCGUCCGGCAUGUCGACACCAACAAGUCCAACAGAUACGCGACAUCCAUUGUCUAGAUAUGAGUCUAUCUCACAGCAGAAUGACGGUCUGGCGGAAAGUUUCCAGUCUACCGACACAAUGCGACGGAGACCAGAAAACACAGGAGGAUAUGGAACUAUGCAAUCUACUCCUCAAACUCCACAGCCUGGCGACCAUAGAAAUAGCGAAUCUUCCAUGGCCGGCGAGCGAUCUCAGCCUGUCAAUUUGGACUCUUCGCGAUCAUUCCAGCCAGCCAGAUCUCCCAUGCUGGGACCGUCCGACCGCGGUCGAACAGGUCAGCGACCAAAAAAACCUCCCAUGCCACGUCGUGCUUCAUCAAACGUACAAGCGCCUCAUAGAGGUCAAGAGUUUUCGGUGGAUGAUGACGUGACUGAGAUGGAGGAAGAAAUGAAUAGGCAGCAGGCUGGACUUGGGAUUGGUGGUAUCGCAUCGGGAUUUGGACCGUCGAGGCAUGGUCCUGGAACUGUGCGGAGGCGCCCUGCUCCAACUCAACCAACUUUGCCUAGAUUGGAUUCUUCCAACGAAGAAGCGGAAGCUGAGGCUGAAGCUGAGGUUGAGGCUUCUACGACAGGUGAAAGGACGAAAGAUGAUAAUAUGACUACAUCGGGUGAAGAGACUUUGCAGGGAGAAGACGGUAUCGCAGAGGUAGAGGACGAAGAUUCUUUAAGUGAUGCGGAGAGCUUUACACUAAAAGACCGCCAACAAGCAAUAAACGAAACGCAUCCCUUCGGUAUAAGGAUUUGGAAGCCUGCAUUGUACAAAAAGAACCGUUCAGUUCAAAAGACAGCCGAGGGUGAUAUUCAUUCAUCUCCUGGUGCUCGUGCCAACAAAUGGUUGAUUUUAUUCAACAUCAUCUGGACACUGGUUUUCGGCUGGUGGCUGGCACUUGCAGCAUUGACUGGAGCAAUUGUAUGCUUCGUCUUUGGAGCGGCACCAAGUGCUAUUGAAUAUGGGCGUGUGCUUUUAGGGUUGGCCGGUUAUAUUUUCUAUCCCUUUGGAAAAUUCGUUCGGCUUGAACAAGACGAAGCUUAUGCCCAGGAAGAUCAAGGAGAAGGUCGAACCAUCACAGAAUAUGAACAAUGGCAAAGCGGAGACAUUGAAGAUGGGAGAUUAUUCUUUGGGCCUCAUCACCCAAGAUCAAUCCGAGACGGAUAG